AUGGCGGCCAGGAGUUGCCACACCGCUCCUGUUCGAUACCAGCAGGUUCGUGAACCAAGGCAGCGCAACCUUUCGCGGCAAAUUGGCGGUCUGCAUCACGAACAAGGUCGAGUGAAAGCCAAAACAAAACCCAGAUGCAAAUCGCAGGGGCCAGCUCCUGCCAGGGACUUUCUUUUCCUUCUAACCGAUAGAGCACCUCGCCUGAUAGCGCCGCUACCGAUGCAGCAUACCAACACCCGUAUUACACAACCCCUGAUAAGACAAACAGGCUCCUACAAUCCCAGCUAUGCCAAGAAGGAAGGGAGGCGUGCUAUGCAACCAAGAGCCGUUAAUGGACAUAGAUAG